ACGCACGUCGCCUCAGUGCAAGCUCACUUGUCAAUCAACUUGUGCGACCAUCGUCACCCGGAAUCUAGAACAGUACCAUCAACACAUUCCAACCAUCCCACUGCGUAAUCUCUCUCCUUUCAUCAUCUUCCUUAACGUGCCUUAACUUGCACCUCGUCAAUUCGUGCAGCAGCACCACGCCGGAAUUACGUCCGCCGCUCUGCAUCGAGAUAUUUCACAGUCGCAUCGCCACAUCAAGACAGAGGUGGCCUGGAGCAAAUCUGGAACACCGCAAAACCGGAAUUCGAUUCUCAUGCGCGUCACGGGUCCGUCCUUCCAGGUAGCAAGCAACAAGCGAGUACCGGUAUUCAAAUCAGCCACACUUUGUAUUUCAGGCCCAAGACUCACACACGUCGCACCAAAGCAAACUCGUGAAUUUUGGCCCGCGCUCUUGAUCACCGACCAUGAGCUCGCUCAGUGUUCAAGAUGAUUCCUCCGGUCCCCUUUGUGGGCUUGUAUUCCGGACCUUUGAUGAUGGGCACCAGCCACAUUCGCCCCGCCGCCAUGCUAGCCUGAGCCGGAGUGUUUCGACCGGCAAAUCUCCUUCGCCCACCACCAGCACCAGCAGCGACAGCAGAGUCGACGAUGUGGCGUCCACGGGAGACUUUUCCCAAUUCACCAAGCUACCACCCGAGCUCCGGCUCAAAGUCUGGGAAUGCCUCAUACAGCCACGCAUCGUCGGCGUAUGCUGUCUCCAGAAUGACACACGCGGGGGAUACCAACCGGGCGAAAAGAUCGCCGCCCGUCGCAAGGAACUGGACGCGCGCACGACGCGCGGGAACCAGGUACCGGCCAUCCUGCACGUCAACAGCGAGUCUCGCGCCCUGGGCUUGAAGUACUACGAGCUCACCUUUGGAUGGCGCAUCAAGGGGAGCAGGCCGAACAGCGCACCGCCGCGCACCUACUUCAACUUUGCCCAAGACGCACUCUUCCUCACAGGCGACCUGGAGGCCUACGACUCGUUUGGCUUCAACGCGCCCAUGGUGUACUACUUGCGCAAGGAGGAUACGGAACGAGUCAAGCACGUGGCCUGCCCCUUUCGAGAACUGGGCUAUCCCCAUCAACACAGUGACUUGAUCUGGGGCUGUCUAUGGCACAUUGUAGACCGAUUCAAGGUGUCGGCUCGCUUGCUGCUCACGGUGGGCGAGGGCGACGAGGAGCGUCUCGGCCACGCGGGCCACGCGGGGCGUGAUCUGGUGACGGGCACGGCGACGCCUGGGCUGACGAUGGCGGAAAACGAGAGCAUGGCGGGCCAGAUGCAGACGCAGCACGCGCUGCAGAAUAUAUGGCGGGCUUGGCUCGGGGGCCGCACGGCGACGAACUCGAUGAUGGCAGAUAAGCAGAUGCUGCUGGUCUCGGAGGCGGAGCUGAUGAACUUUGUGACGAGGCAGGCUCAGUAGACCUAGGGGCCUCAACCGGCAUAGACUACCUAAGGUAGCUGGGACGGCAUGUGCAUGAUUGCAGAUUUUGAGCGUAGCGCAAUGAAAAAAGACUUGCAUUAGCCAGCGCUGCUUCAAGUGUGAGAAGGAGCAACGGGCGUUUCUAGUCGAGGAAAAAUAGAAACGUACAUAAUAGUGAUGGGCACGGUUCCGCCAUCUCGUGCGAGAGCUACAUGCGCUGCAACGUCCAAGAUGGGGCAUGCCAUUCAGUGCAUCGGUUGACGACAGAGGCACCAGCAACGAAUUUCCGUCUGGCCGAGAUCACCAAUACAGUGUCUGAAGAACAGUAUUUGUCGCUUACGCACGGUACAAUCGGGCGGCACUUGGGCAGGAGCAACCUGUCUUCAUAUCCUUUGAAGGCAGCCACAUUGCGGAAAGGCUGAAAUGAUGUGGCGCUUUGAGUCAUCAAUAAUGUUCAACCUCUCAAGGUUC